GGACCAGGACCUGCCAAGCUGCUUCGUUGCCGAUCUGUCGCUUAGCAAAGCCACUUACUCGACGGCGCUCGAGCACCUGAAACAGUCGGUAUGGGGAUCGCAAUCGUUCAAGUACACGCUGCUGAGCAAUUUGUGUUUUAAAAACAGCUCACCAAUUGAACGCACCCUAACGGAUGUCAAACGCUGGCUUUGGGCGGCUGAUGAACCGGAGCAGAAAAUGGUACAUCUCUUCCAGUACACGGUGUUUCUCGACCAUCUGAAAGAGUACAUCGGACAGCAGAAGGAACGCGCGUUCAAACCCUAUCUCGUGCGAGAUGUGGUGUAUUUCCUGUGCAACUUGUUGUCCUCCUUUCCCGCCCUACGACUUGCCACGCUCAACAGCUUCGGGCGGUUCCUGGAGCACGUGGUCGCAUCUAGCGAUGCGUGCGAGCUGCUCUCGGAACAUUUGCACUUCAUAGUGUCAUCAUUGCUGGAGGUGGAAAAUGUCGAUCCGGCAUCGGAGAUUUCUCAAAAAUCGCUAACUCUGCUACGGUUUCUGAUCUUACAACACUCUGCCGCGUUUGCGGGUGCGAUCGGUAAGCUGAAUUAUCUACCAAAGGACGAACGAUUCGAUCAGUUGCGGCUUGCUAUAUCGCGCCAAAAAACGAUCGGUCAUGAAAAUGUGCUGCCAAGGGAAGAAAUCGCGGCGCUGAUUGAGUUGCCCAAUUUAAGAUACGAAGAUUUGGCUGCGCUGAAGAUUGUGCUCACCACCAAAAAGAAAGAUCUAAAAUUAUUGUGCGAUGAGCUGAGCGAGCAAAGCGCAUCGUCGGGCGCUAAUGGGGAAAGCGUGCUUCAUCGGUUAGUCUACACUUUGCUGGAAGUUGUGCGCAGCUCCCCGUUCGACAAGCGAUCGAUGGAAGCUCUCCGAUGUUUGAGUGAAAUAGGACCGAUCGAUCUGGGAACAAUGCUGUUAAAAUCCGACGCAGAAAUGAUUGCUACGAUACGGUACAGCUUUAAAGCCCUGGGCAGUAGCAAUAUCAAUUAA